GUUUGAAAUCUGAGAAAAUGCUGGAGCAGCAGAAAGCAGCUCCCAAGAAGGGCGCAAAGAAAACCUUACCGAAACCAGUGGGCAAAAAACGCAAGAAGUCGAGGAAACAGAGUUACUCCAGUUACAUCUACAAAGUGAAGAAGCAGGUUCACCCUGACACCGGCAUCUCUUCCAAGGCCAUGGACAUUAUGAGCUCGUUCGUCAAUGAUAUUUUUGAGCGCAUCACGGGAGAGGCGUCCCGCCUGGCCUAUCACAACAAACGAUCCACCAUCAGCUCCAGAGAGAUCCAGACCGCCGUGCGCCUGCUUCUGCCCGGUGAGUUGGCUAAACACGCCGUGUCGGAAGGGACAAAGGCGGUGACAAAGUACACCAGCUCCAAAUAAAGAGUUCCAGAACACACAAAAAAAACCGAAAACGGUUCUUUUAAGAACCACCCAUA